AGUCCUCGUGGUAGUCGCACCUCUCUUCUGGGCCUAGUCUGACACAGAAAGAGCUAUGUACUCCAUCUGCUCAGAUUGCCUGGCGAGAGCACCAGGCUUUGACCCGCGGGUGCGGUAUACCAGUGGGGCAGCCAGGUACCACCGAGAAGUCUCUCAGGCGCGGUCCUGCAGGAGUGCCUCCCACUCGCGUGGGAGUCCCUGCCUUGGGCCGGUGUUUUCCUAUAUAUUUCGACCAAUCGCAGGCGUCUUUUCCUCCUUUCUUUUUAGGAAGGCGCCGGGUGUGCAGCACUAACCGCUGCGUGGAGGGGAUCCUCUGGCGCUGUCUCCUUGUGGGUCUUCACUGACUCCCUCCCUCUCUCUCUCAACUUUGCGUUCAAGUCGUGAUCUAAGGUUUGGGUGCUUUGCUGGGACCCCGCCCGGACUCUCUAGGCGAAGGUUUGAGGAGUUCUGAGGUGGGUGGAGAAUGGGCUUGGCCGGAACUGAAUCGGUUGAGGUAAAAGGGGAACGCAGGAGCUUCAGCGCUGGCCACUUCGCCCCGGAGAAGCCGCUGUAUUUUUAGCACAGGGAAGGCUGCAGUGGGAGGAUUCUUUUUAGGAAGUCGGCUCCACCGCCCCGAUUCGGGGCUUGGAUGCUUGAAAGCUUUGUUUCCCUUGUUCUGAGGGUGGCCCAGCUGGGUCUAAAUCGACUCCCUCCCUUUUUCGUUUUCCCCAUCCUUUUCCAGCCUGGAGAAAACAGGGAGGUGGGGGACCAAGGAAGAGAAGGCUAAAGCGCGUUACCAGGCGCGCUGUCAGACAUGGGCGGGUGCAAGGGGAACAGCUGCCUUGAGAUCAGCUCUGGAGUAUGAGUCUCUGAGAGGACUGCGUGAGCUCCGGACACUUCAGGAGUCCUCGGCUAGAGGCAUAGGCGAUAUGGAUAAAUUCAUAAACAACAUGGAUGUCCGAAUUAAAACAGAAAGUGAUUCGAUGGAGGUAUUCAAACAGGUCACUGGCCCUGUUCCAACCAGAGAUCCUUCUGUGAGAGGAGACAGAAGGAAUAUGACUUCUCCACCAUUCCUGGCUGCCAGCCCAAUGGAGAACCCAGCUCUGUUUAAUGACAUCAAGAUUGAGCCUCCAGAAGAGCUCCUGGAGAGUGAUUUCAACACGCCCCAGGUGGAACCAGUUGAUCUCUCCUUUCACAAACCGAAGGCUCCGCUCCAGCCUGCUAGCAUGCUGCAAGCUCCAAUCCGCCCUCCCAAGCCACCGACUGCACCUCAAGCCAUUAUGGUGUCUACUUCAGCUGACACAGUCACUUCAGCAGCCAUUCCUACUGUUCUCACUCCAGGCUCUAUCCUGGCCUCCUCUCAGGGGACCGGUGGCCAGCCGAUUUUACAUGUGAUCCACACCAUCCCCUCAGUCAGUUUGCCAAAUAAGAUGAGUGGACUAAAGACAAUCCCGCUGGUGGUUCAGUCUUUGCCGAUGGUCUAUACAAGUUUGCCUGCAGAUGGGAGCCCUGCAGCCAUUACUGUCCCACUUAUUGGAGGAGAUGGCAAAAGUGCUGGAUCAGUCAAAGUUGACCCCGCCUCCAUGUGUCCACUGGAGUUUCCAAGUGAUAGUGAUGAGAGUGCAAUUGAGAGUGGCUCUUCAGCCUUACAGAGUCUGCAGGGAUUUCAUCAUGAACCAGCGACAAUGGUCCACAUGCAGGGAGAAGAAUCUCUUGACUUAAAGAGAAGACGGAUUCAUCAGUGUGACUUUGCAGGAUGCAGCAAAGUGUACACCAAAAGCUCUCACCUGAAAGCUCACCGCAGAAUCCAUACAGGAGAGAAGCCUUACAAGUGCACCUGGGACGGCUGUUCCUGGAAAUUUGCUCGCUCGGAUGAGCUUACUCGCCAUUUCCGUAAGCACACAGGCAUCAAGCCGUUCCGGUGCACAGACUGCAACCGCAGUUUUUCUCGAUCUGACCACUUGUCCCUCCACCGCCGGCGUCAUGACACCAUGUGAAUAUCACAGGCGACAGCAGACGCGCUGCACCAGUCUCCUAAGUGUGUGCUGAAGUUGUAACUAUGUUUGCCUCUUUGACUACAACUUGCCCCACGUGAUUGGGGUUCGAACAGCUUACUGAGCCAGGUUAAUGAGACUGGAAAACAAGUUAGCUGAUCUCCCAUGCGGCUCUUCAUAUUCCGCUUUCACCUCUCCACUGUCCAGACUUCAGUUUUUGCAACCUCUUCCUGGGUUGAAUUCUAGUGCGGCGCCCAUGGCUGCCCUCCCUGAUCCCUCAUGCUAUAUUAUAGACAUUUUUCCUACAAUAACAAACAAAACAGGAAUCAAACUCAAGGCUGUGAACAAACAUCCGCUGCUCCCCCCACCCCCAGUUUUCUCUUGUUUUCAAAAACCAGUACUUAAUGUCACUUAGCAAUGUCCUAAAAUGAGGGGUAUUUUCAAAGUUGUAGCUACAAGGGGCAUAACAGUAGAGUUGGUUGAUCAAAUUUACAGAAACUUGAGUCUGAAAUACAGUCUCAAGCUAACCAUGAAGGUUUUGUAGAUCCAGUUUUACUUGUUCUUAACAGUUUGGUUUACAGGCAGUGCCAGCCCUCCUUUUGAAGUUCAUCAAAAGCAAUGAAGGGAUUCCUUGACCUCCUUUUCCUCCUCAUGCUCCUUUAGAGUGAAAGGUUUUAUGGCACAAUUCCAUUCUUUUUAGGUUAUGUUUGGACAAAUAUUCAAAGCACAGAAAGAAAGAUCAGUAGGGAGAAAUAUUCUAGGAAAAUAUGUGGGCAAUGACAGGCAAGAGCAGACCUGGGAGCACCCUGUGAACAAUUACAUGGAUAAGGUGUUAGAACUGCUGUUAGUCCCAAACCUCAUUCAGAGGGCAGCCUGUUGAGACAGCACUUUCGAUGGGCUACACUGUACUGUUUAUUCUUUUGUUUACAUAAAACAACCAUUCAGCGUAUUACCUGAUGAGAAAUUGCACACUGAGCACGUUAUAGAGAGGUGAGGGGUUGCACUAAAGAAUUUUGUUUACUUCAUGCCAUUUUGGGCAUUCAUUCUUCCGCUUCUAAUGGGAAGGAAAGGUUUUCUUUCUGACACUAACAUAUAGAAAGCAUUUUGAUGUUUUACAACUGUUAUUAAUACCCAAGCCAUUUAUUUUAUUUAGACAUAACAGCAGGAUGCAUAAUAUACAUUUGGUUGCCCAGUCAGACUGUUCAUAAUAUUCUCUGGGGCAUAAAACCUUCUGUUCCUGGCCCUGGACCUCAUAUCUACCUCCUCGUGGCAUAUUUCCUCUCCUGGGGAGAAAGGAGAGGGGCUUUGUAUUGGUAGGAUUGGACGCAGCCUCUCGCCUAAAGGUUUUCUUCAUACGAAACCUUUAUUUCUUGGCAGAUAUUCAAAAUGUUCUGGCUUGAACACUUUAGGUUACUACCUCCUGUGGCUGUACUAACUAAAACCUAGAAUUCUACCAUUCAGAAGGGGUCCUGUCUACUUCUACCCAUCCCUCACGUUUUACAGAUGAGGCAAAUACGGGUCAGAUUCUUUCUCCAGAUAAUUCCUUGAGGCCUUAUAGACCUGUAUACUCCUUCUCCCAGGGAUCACACUAGUAAACCAAAUUAAAGAAAAAAAGUUAUGUGAUUGGUUGCAAUAUUUGUCCAAUUUUAUGUUAUACUUCAGAAAACUUAAGUCACUUAAAAUUCAUAUAUAUUUGGUGACAAAGUAAGUAGGGCGCGCUUAUGGUCAUGGCCACUUAACACCGGGCACAUAGUGUUUCAAGUCUCAUUUUUGAUAACUCUAGAUUUGUUUUAAUUUACCUUGUUUCAGUGUCUUUCCAGAGCAUAAAUUCUCCGUAAGUUAAGGCCUGCAUGUACUUUUCAACAUAACAUGUAGGUUUUAUUAUUACCACUUUCGUAAGGGAUUUUUCCUGACUCUGGGGGUACAAGUUCCAGGCUGUAUACUAAUUAAGCACCCAUCAACAUCUAGGGCUAGCCUACUGAUGGGGACCACAGUGUAAGACAGAUGUAUUACUACCACACGUGGGCUUAUGCUUGCAAUCGAGUAGUUGGUACAAUAUUAUAGAACAGAGUCCAAAGGGUUGUGUCCUUUUGUUCCACUUUGGAUCCUAAAUUUGUUUUCCAGAGUUUGGAAUUGGCACAUGCCCCUUAGACUUCAGGAUAUGGAGACAUGUUUAUUAAGGAGCACUAUGAAAUUAUAGUACUCAUAAGGGUGAUCAAAUGAGGAUCCCGGAUACUGAUGUUCCUAGCAUCUCUGAGCCUUUAUUCACGUAUGUUUCUGCAGAGUCAUAAUAGACUCUGCAAAUGCUUUGUACAUUGUCUUUAGCCAAGAACCAAUUCUAACCAUAUUCUCUUUGCUCUUUUUGUCCCCAAAUGGCAAAAAUCUUUCCAGUUACAAACAUAAUCUUUACAACUGUGUCAUGAUUAAGAGAACUUCGCAGAGUAAAAUGAACACAAACACAGUACAGUGCAGAAUUACUGCACUAAAAGCACAUAAAAGUUUGCUAGUCAGUGGAAUAGGAAGGAAACCAUUGCAUCUCUCUUGGUUAACAUCUGAGAUUUAACUAAGUGUAAUGGGCUUACAAUGCCCAAAGACUGCUAGGAUGACAUUUGCCUAGGAUAGGGACAUUUUGUAAGGAUGGAUAAUAUUCAGGAGUUUAUUGUAGUGGAGUUUCUCCUUCAGUAGACAUCUGGCAACUGAACAGAAUCAUUGAGAAUUGCCAUUGUAAAGUGUAAGAAAUGUAAACUGGUUUGAUGGAUUAGUGGAGUUCAUUAUGUACAAACCCACAAAUGUCUGUAGAGAAUUUCUUUUUAAAUAAACUUUAUAUGUUGUAGCUCUUUUUUGAGAUUUUCAGGAGAAUGUGAAGGUAGAACAGAGUUCCUGUUUACUCCACAUUUUACAUUAGUUUGGUACACUUCUUACAAUUAGGGAUGCAUUAAUAUUAACUGCAAUCCAUGCUUUAGUUGACUACCUUGGCUUUUAUCUGCUGUUCUUUUUUUCUGUUUUAAUAUCUCCUUCAAAAUACAACAUUGUAUUAAUAAUCACAGCUCCUUAGUCUCCUCAUUGUGAUAGUUUCUUGGAGUUCUUUGUUCUCAAGGACCUUGGAGUAUGUUCUUCAGUUGUGAUUUGAUACUCUUCUCAUCAAAAUUUUCUCAUAAAAAAUCUAGGUUAAUGAAAGUCAGGCAUGGUGACAUAUAUUUUCCUUUUAAUCCCAGCACUUGGGAGGCAAAGGCAGGUGGAUUUCUGAGUUCGAGACUAGCCUGGCCUACAGAGUGAGUUCCAGGACAGCCAGGGCUACACAGAGAAACCCUGUCUCAGAAAACAUUAACCCAACCUUCAUAGGUUAAUGGAUUUUGGUCCAAACAACCACAUGAGUGAGUUACUAUUUUUAUAAUGUCAUAUUUCUGUGAGUUAUUCUUCAUAUUAUCCUUAGUCACAUGACUAAGAUAGUGUAUAUGAGAUUUCUCCCCUAUACCCUUUUUCCUAUCAUACUGAAAUCUUUGGAAGGAAGUUACCAUGCUCAGUCCACACAUAGAGAAGUGGUGAGCUAUGCACAUGUACUUGAGAGCAAGUGUGCAUAUGAUUAUUUUGGAAUUCUUCUGCAUGGGAGCUUUGCCUCCUCUCCAUUUGUUUACUUGCAUAAUUGUUUAUUUUUUCAACAUGGAUCACUGAUAUUUAUUUUAUAGUUUUUCUUAUAAUCCAAUGCAACUUUUAUUUUUGUUGCCCAAAUUGUAGUUUUAAAUGUUUGGAGUGAUUUUUAAUUGACUCUGAAGUCUUUUUUUUUUUUACAAACCCCAUCUUUUUUUCAGCAUGUAGUUAAUUUUUGGUGUUGCAAGAUGUUCCAGGCUUAUCUUGCUUUUGUUUUAUGGAGGACAAUUCUAUAAUCAGGCAUUUUGUCAAUAAGUUCUAAGUUCUUUUACUAAAGAAUUUUAUCAGAAACCAAGAUAUAGAUACUAUAUAUGUUUGCUAUUUUGGGGAUAUUAUUUCUUCAAGUCCUUCUCAGUCAGUAGAACAAAAAAUAUAUGCAUAUAUUAAGUUUUUAAUAUAUGCACAUGUCUAUAAACAUUUCCACAUAAUCAUCUUUGUGAUGAUUUAUGAGUUUAUAUUAUGUCCUCAAUCCUUAUCUGUAUAUCUUUCCAUUCUAUCAGCAAGAACCAUAGCUCCAUCUUCUGCCAUUUAUUAAUUGAUGACAUCCAUGUUAAUGCUAAUGAAGUACAUAUUAACAGUGUCUUACGUGUUAUGCUGUAUACCCACAAGAAAAAUCAAUCAACUAGAACCCGGUGCUUAUAUACAUGACAGGAACCUUUUUAGAACUUCAACUCUGAAACAAAAUGAUCUACAAGAUUCUUGAAUUAGCGAUAAUCUGUAUUCUCAAUUCUAUCCUAGUCCCCCAAUGCUUUCUCAUCCAUGUAACAAACCAUCGGUGAUUGACCUAGCCUUGCAUAAGACAAGAGAACAUGUUGAUCCUCCAUAGUAUGUUAAUUCCUAUAUAAAGGAUCAAAGAGAAAGCAGCUGCCUGGGUCUAAUUUGAAGAAACACUUAGCACUGUCUUUUUCUCUGCUGAAAAUGGAUCUCUAACAACUGGGAAGUACUCUGAUUUGCUUCUCUUCUGUAUUUUCCCCAGUUUUUAGGCAAGUCAUAUCACCUCUCUGUGCCUCUAUUAACCCAUCUCGAAAUGGGGAUCCACAUAUCUACCUCACAGGAGUGUUGUGAGGCUUAUUAAUAGAUGUUUUAAAAAUGUAAUCUCUAAAUGAGUAAGAAAGUAUUAUAAUCAUUGCUAUGAUGAUAAUUAGAGUACCCUAUAUGCAUCCUAAGGAAAAGGAGAUUAGCCUCAUUGUUAGUAAACAGCUAAAAUUAAGUCAAUAAAAGAUCAAUGAAGAGUGGCCACUGGAAGCAAGAUUAUUUGUUCUGUUACCCUCACUUUCCCUGUAUUCUCUAAGUAGGAUUAUCAACUGUCUGUUUCCAGACUCAAAACAUAUGAGGUUCUAAAACAGUAGGAGGCAAAGUACAUUGUCAUUUUCAAAUUCUGUUUUUUCUCCCUUUCUUACUCUGGUUGGACUACAUUACGUAGAACUUUGUCAGAAGCACAAAGACAAUUUCUCAAAGGGUUUCAGUCUUUGAUCAGUUCUGUUCUAUCAGUUAAAAUUUCUCUUUCUGCGCGUACUGUACAUUGAACAGUCAAGGUAGGAGGGGAGUGGGUGGGAUGGUUGGGUUGGGCGUGGACUGUGAGAGAAGGGAAAUUACUUUCCAUUUCACUUUCCAUUUCUUUUUUUCUGGUGGCGGGUUUGGGGCAAGGGAAGAGAUACUAUUUUGUUAACAAAUUCUUCUUCCCUUCCAGUAGAUGUUUCCUGGGGUCAGUACAAAUAGCUGUGUUGGACCUUACUUUUAUAACUAUGUUGUAUACAGUGUUGUUUUCAUUGUAUUUCUGAAUAAAGGGGGAAGAAAGUCUCUAGUGUUGGCCAUCCCUGUUUUUGACAGGAGGUCACAGCAGGAGAGCAGCACCCGAAGCUGACUCUUUUUAUGGUGGGGAAAGGAGCCUGCAGUGAAGGGAUUUAUUGGAUUUUUGUCAUUCUUUAAAGAAGUUAUAAAGCAGUAUAUUACGCAUUAGUCUCUAUGACUCUUCUGUUUGUGCCUCCUUAUUUUAAUAGUGCUUUAGAGCAGCACCUAUUUUCACUCCAUUUUAUACUUGUUCCUGUUGAGGUGUGGUGUUGAGCAAUCUCUCAUAUACAAGUCUUCAUGUACCUGAAGAGAAUUGCCUCAGUAAGCAUGGCUAUCCAGAGCUUACUCUGAUGUAGCUCAGUGGGGCACUCCCAUUGCAGCUUCCAGGCCAGGCUGUGUGCUUGAGUACUAAGCAAUCUUGUUCUGUCUGAUUACUGUACUUUUUUAAUAAUAAAAAUAUUUUAAACCAGAAA